UUUGUUAUUGAAGAAGAAGUUGAUAUCAAUAGAUAUUACUUUUGACUUUUCUUCAGAUGUCGUUUGAACAAAAUUUAUCAAUUUUCAAAAAUUACUACAAAAGUAAAUAUGAUGCAAACCUUAUCAAUAAGAUAGUCAUGUUUAAUCAUGCUGUUAAGAGGGUGUGGGUGUACUAUUAAUCAUUCACCCACACUCACACCCAUUACAUCCAUGACACCCACGACACCCACGACACCCACGACAACCACUACACCCUCAAGAUCUACGGAUAUGAUCAUCGAAUUUGAACUGCAAACAUCAUCAGGAAAUUACUAAUCUGACUAUUAUAAAAUGAAUGUCAUAGUAAAUGUAGAAAUCAGGGAAACAACAUCAGAUGUAAUGGUGUAUUUAGAGGUAAAGUUAAUUGUCAGUAAUAACAUCAGCAUGAUGUAUCUAUUUCAGAAAGAUGGUAUUUUUAGCGAACAUAUUAUAAUUGAAAAACAAUUGUAUUUCAACGUCAGUAAUGAAUUGUAAGUAAAUUUUACAAAUAUCUAUUAUUUUAAUAGACCAUCCGUGAAAAAUGAUUAUCUAUUAUUUAUUUAGGAGAAAUAAUAAAAUAGGACAACUGUACAAUAAAUAUGAAAAAAAAAACGUAUAGAUGAAUACAACAAAAAUGAUUAUAAGUAUUCACUUACAAAUGUUGGCAUAGAUAUGCGUAAGUUCAACUUUUUAUUAAAUUAAGAAUUCUACCCCAGGUCGAUGAUUACGAACUUCGUAAACGAUUGGAUACGACCGUAACCGGAAAAAAUACGACCAUAUACGACCGUAUUUCACCGUAUUUCACCGUUUUUUGCCGUAUUACCUGAGGCCGUAUUACGAUCGUAUGUCUCCGUACCGUAUACGGACAAGUAUGAUUGUUUACGGAGAAAAACGGUCGUAAAAGAUCAUAUUUUUCCGUUUACAGCACGGAGACAUACGAUCGUAAUACGGCCUCAGGUAAUACGGCAAAAUACGGUCGCGCGUGGUCGUAUUUCUCCGUAUACGACCGUUUACGAUCGCGCUUGUUUGACCUGGGACUAUUCAACUAAAUUUUAUUUUAGCAAUAACGAUUGCAACAACAAUUACAACACCAAAAGAAAGUAUAAAUAGUGAUGCACCUUUACAUACACCUAAUCUUGAUAAAGUACUGGAUCCGGAAAAAUCUACUCGAGAUGGUUUAUCAUCUUAA